AUGUUUGGUGCUGUGUUUCUUUGCUUGGCUUGGCUGAUGGGGCAGGUAACUGAUGGGGAACUGGAUUACAUCUCUCAGGGACAGGGGAUGCAACUGCUGGGCGACUUCUCCAUCGCUGGACUGUUUCCUCUCCACUACACGGAUAGACCAAGGGCUAGUAUGCCUGCUCUGGUUCCAUGUGAUGAAGGUUCAACUAACAAACACGGCUUUCACCUGAUGCAAGCCAUGAGAUUUGCUGUGGAAGAAAUCAACAACAGCAGUGGACCACAGCCUCUUUUACCAGGAGUGAAGCUGGGCUACCAGAUGUACGACAUCUGUUCAGUGCCAGCCAGUGUCCUGGCCACACUGGACCUGCUGGAGCAGCAGAGCCAGAGCCCCUCUACGCCUGGGACAGAGGGAGACACAGACCCAGACUAUGAGAACAGUCAAAGAGCAGUGGCUGUGAUUGGGCCGGACAGCAGCAGCAAAACCUUCACCCCCGCUGCUUUACUGGGGGCCUUUUUAAUACCACAAAUCUCUUAUGAGGCAUCAAAUGAAAUGCUCAGCAACAAGUUCCUCUAUCCAGCCUUUUUCCGCACAAUUCCCAGCGACAAGAACCAGGUUGCAGCUAUGAUCCAGCUUUUAAUUCGUUUCAACUGGACAUGGAUCGCUCUCUUAGGUAGUGACAACGCCUACGGCCUGGCGGGCAUGCAGAGUCUUUCCAACCAUGCGCCGCACCACGGCAUCUGCAUUGCCUACCAAGGAAUCAUCCCCUCACUCAGAGCUGACACGAUCCAGACCAUGAGGAACAUGGUGGGGAAAAUACUGAAGACCAAGGUCAACACCAUCGUAGUCUUCUCCAGCAAGUCCAAACUCAGUGGCUUCUUCCCGUUUGUCAUUGAGCGCAACGUGACAGAUAAAGUGUGGAUUGGGACGGAGGACUGGUCAUCAGCUACUCUUAUAUCAGGGAUACCUGGGAUCCAGACCAUCGGCACUGUGCUCGGUGUGUCCAUCAAAGAUGCACAUAUUCCUGGUUUUGAGGACUUUGAGAGAAAGGUAGUUCAGGCUUCAGUGCAAGAGAAUGACACCCAGAAUGGCACCAUAAGCCCAGACAAUGCUUGUCUACAGAGCACAGACCUGUUCAGCCUCGCCAGGAAGAAUUUCUCACUGGAGAAAUAUGACAUUACCUCUUCCUUCAAUGUGUAUAAGGCGGUGUACGCCGUGGCUCAUGCUCUGCACCAAGCUCUUGGCUGUGAUUCUGGAGAGUGCCAAAGGAGGAGGGUGCAUCCAUGGGAGCUUCUCUCGUGGCUUAAGAAGGUUCGAUUCUCUCUGUUCAACACCUCUGUGUACUUUGAUAUGAAUGGUGACCCGCCGACAGGAUAUGACAUCGUCUCCUGGGUUUGGAGGGGGACAGACUGGUCUCUCAGAGUGGUGGGCUCCUUCACCCCAGAUCCCCUUAAGCUCACAAUUGACGAUGAUCAAAUUGAGUGGCACCAAACAGAACAUUCACAACCAGUGCCGUUGUCCGUCUGCUCAGCCCCAUGCCCGAGGGGCCACAAGAAGGUUCUGACAGGGCAACACACCUGCUGCUUCGACUGCCAGGCUUGUCCUGCUGCCACAUUCCUCAAUAUAAGCGAACCAACUACAUGCCAGUCGUGCCUGCCGGAGCAGUGGGCUCCACGGAGCAGCGAUCAGUGUCUGAAUAGGACCGUCCUGAUGCUCGCCUGGGACGCCCCCCUCUCCAUUGCCCUGCUCCUCUUUCUGGCCACCUGUCUUCUCAUGACCUCUGGCUCUGCAGUAAUCCUCCUGCUCAACCUGAACACGCCUGUGGCCAAGUCUGCCGGAGGCCGCACCUGCCUCCUGAUGCUGGCAGCCCUGACUGCUGCUGCCAUGAGCUCUUUGUGCCAUUUUGGCCAGCCCUCUCCUCUGGCCUGUAUCCUCAAGCAGCCUCUAUUCAUCUUUAGCUUCACUGUGUGCCUGGCCUGCAUCACUGUGCGCUCCCUCCAGGUUGUCUGCAUUUUUAAAUUUGCAUCCAAGCUGCCGGCGGCUUAUGACAAGUGGGCCAAAAAACGCGGGCCAGAGUUUACCAUUUUCCUGGUGUCUGUCACCAUCUUGCUCAUUUCUGUACUCCGUGAGGCCCUCAACCCUUCCCAGCCGUCCGAGGAUCUUGACUUCUACAAGGACAGCAUUGUCUUGGAGUGCAGUAACACCCUCUCAGUCGGCACAGGCGUCGAGCUAACUUAUUUCUUCCUGGUCAGCAUCCUCUGCUUCUCUUUCAGCUACAUGGGAAAAGACCUGCCAGCAAACUACAAUGAAGCUAAGUGUGUCACCUUCAGCCUCAUGGUGUGCAUGAUCUGCUGGAUUAGCUUCUUCACUUUAUACCUCAUCAGCAGAAGCCCGUUCACCAUGGCCACACACGUGUUUGCCAUACUUCUCAGCGUCCUGGCCUUCCUCUGCGGCUACUUCCUGCCCAAAAUUUACAUUAUUGUCCUGAAGCCGCAAAUGAACACGACUGCCCAUUUCCAGAACUGCAUUCAAAUGUACACCAUGAGCAAACAGUGA